AUGAAUCCUAGCGCUUCGGUGAGUGAAGAUGCGGCACCGACUUCGGCCCAGGCAAAACAAGCCGCCUGUCUCGAAUGUCGUCGGAGCAAGGUGAAGUGUACACGUGAUAUUGGUGCUGCUGUGUGUCGGAAAUGCCAACAUGCUGGUCUGCAAUGUGUCACGCCUGAAUACCAUGUGGGAAGAUACAAAGGUGUCAAGAAUAAGAGGAGUGGUCUCGAGAAGGCAAUCUACCAGGUCGAACAAGCAUUGAAACGGUCUAAAGCUGGCACCAUAGGUCUCGAUAGGGAAGUUGAGGCAGAUCUCCGCCAAUUGGUGUCAUCUCCUCAGGUGAGUCCGUCACGGCCUCGGCAGUCCAGCUCGGCUCCUCCCGGUGUUGUCGACCAGCAGCCUUUCUCUGAAUUACAGACAAGCCUCGUGGGCAGCGGUAGAGUUGCAACCGUCGAAAGCAGUCAUGAGGUAUCUCCAGCUGAGAUUGGCGAGAAGCCGGAUGAGCUUGCCCUCAACAACGCCGACAAUCCUCUCCAGUUACUUGCCAUGGCUUCGGUGCUGCCUGGCCAAUCGCCCUCCACGACAAUGUCCACUUCCCCUGCUGGAGUCGUUCCGCGACCAAGUGCCACGGACGCCAACCCAGACGACACUGAACUACAACGAUUCUUUACUUUACCGAUGUCGAAGCUGGACAACUCACCUGACCUCGAUCCGAUCGACCUAGGGCUGGUGACCGUGGAGGAGGCCGACUCGCUCUUUGCGUUCUUUUACGAGAGGCUGUCACACACUCGGUGGGGUCUUGACCCAGUCCUUCACACUGCCAGCUUUGUGCGAUCGAGAUCGGCCUUUCUCUUCACGUCCAUUCUUGCCGCAUCCGCCUUGUUUCUACCAAAAGCAGAUGCGUUAUGCAAAAGACUAUCCAACCAUAGAAACCAUCUGGCCCGGUUGGUCAUUGCCAACAGGAAUAGAUCUGUCGAGAUCGUUUUGGCUUUCAUGGUCAAUAUUCCCUGGAUGGUCCCGGCAAAGCAGUGGGCUGAUGAUGAGACAUGUUCGUACUUAUCCAUGGCGCUCACGCUGGCCCUGGAUCUCUGUCUCAACAAAAUAGUCGUGCCCUCUCCCACUAUUCGGCCGGUAGGGUUCUUGGACAGAGUGGCCAAAGCCGAGUGCAUCGACACCGCCAAGGCCUUACAACUUGAUGGAUUUCCCGGUGUCGACCCAUCCUCGGCGUGGGGACGAAGGCUCCUGAGGACUAGAGAGCGAGCAUGGUUGGGUUUGUUCGUUCUCGACCGAGGCAUCUGUCUAGCGAGGGGCCGACCCUAUGCUGUCCCUAUUGGACCAUUGGUGGAAAGCUGUGAUACCUGGCACAUUUCCGACAUUGCAGAUCGAUGGGACGGGAGCGUAAUCUCCGCUGCGGUUUUGAGACGAGACUUGGUUGGCCUAAUUUCCAGCGUCCGCGAGUUCUGUGAUAGUGGCCAAGGGGCAAAUGGUGGCUACACGGCAGUCAAAUUCCUUAAAGACAAGAUUGACCGCUUUUUCGAGCAAUGGUAUGCGGUCUGGUCUCUCCAGAUCACUCAAGGCGACGGCCAGCUGCCACCAUACGUUGAGAUUCUGGUCUCCCACACCAAGUUAUCCACUUAUUGCAACGUCGUCAAUCAUCCAACCGCAUCAAAUGAUGUGAAGCAGUUCUUCCGAGCGGCAGGUCUAGCUUCGGCCAUGAACGUGAUGAGGGCGGCCGUUCAGGGGGAGAAUCGAUUGAAAUCCAUGCCGAACAACACCGUCAUUAUGGUGUCCUUCGCCGCAACCUUUGCUCUUGCAUUGGGCACGACCACCUCUGGAAAUCGAGCAAUCCUGGGCCACAAUGCUCGUGCCCUCAUUGAAGAAACCACACAAGUUCUCGAACGAAUUGGGAGUACGCCAACACAUCGUCAAGGCUUGUCCGUUCUGUUUGCGAAGCAUAUACGUCGACUACUGCAAAGCUCCAUUCUGAAGCCGACCGAAGACCAUCCACGUCAAACACCUGGAGCUCCCGAGCAGGCGCAACCACAAGACCUGAAUCCCGAAUACAGCAAUGCCCGGAGUGGCUCGGCGCAUACCGUGGAUGCAGCCUCAGCCCCUUAUGUCUUUGAUAUGACCGACGAUCAGAUCUUGGAAGCCAUCAACAACGCCAGUACAUCUCAAGAUUUGUUCCAGCUUGACGAGACAAUGUUUCUGGAUUGGUUGGACUGGCCGAACGUCACAUGA